AUGCCUCGUCCGCUCUGGAUUCUGGAACCAACGUGCACCAUGCGCCGCCUCGCUCUACUUGGACAUUGCGUAAGCUGGGAGACCGUCAAGGCAAGGCAAGCCAACAGCGAACGAGUCGACAACACCACAGGUCGGCAGGUCCAGAGCAGAGGCGGGCGUCCAAUGGACAUGGACGGCAACGGCAACGGCAACUCCCCGCGGACUCCUCCGCGCCGGCCGGAGCGGGAGGGGAGCUACAACAGCUACGACAUCGAGAGCAUGGACGGCGGCUCCGGGGCGCCGCCGUGGCGCCAGCACAACAACGGCUCCUCCGAGGCCCUGCUCCGCUACGACGACGGCGGCGGCGCCGACCGCGGGAGCGCGGCGCGCCAGCCGCUGCUGAGGAAGCGCACCAUGAAUACGACCUCCCAGAUCGCCAUCGUCGGCGCCAACGUCUGCCCCAUCGAGAGCUUGGAUUACGAAGUCGUGGAGAAUGACCUUUUCAAGCAGGACUGGCGAUCAAGAACGAAGAAGCAGAUAUUUCAGUACAUUGUCCUCAAGUGGAGCUUGGUGCUCCUUAUUGGCCUACUAACUGGAGUUGUUGGCUUCUUCAACAAUCUUGCGGUUGAGAACAUUGCUGGAUUCAAAUUGCUGCUCACGAGUGAUCUUAUGCUCAAGGGGAGGUAUAUUGGAGCAUUUUUUGUGUAUGGAGGUUGGAAUUUAGUCUUGGCGGCAGCUGCAGCAGCAAUCUGUGCUUAUAUUGCACCUGCUGCUGCUGGGUCUGGUAUUCCUGAAGUUAAAGCAUAUCUUAAUGGGGUCGAUGCCUAUUCUAUAUUAGCUCCUAGUACACUCUUUGUUAAGAUUUUUGGUUCAAUACUUGGAGUUUCAGCUGGAUUUGUGCUAGGAAAGGAAGGGCCCAUGGUACAUACAGGGGCAUGUAUUGCCAACUUGCUUGGUCAGGGUGGAUCACGCAAGUAUCAUCUUACUUGUAACUGGCUACGAUACUUUAAGAAUGACAGGGAUAGGAGAGAUUUGAUCACAUGUGGAUCUGCAGCUGGUGUGGCAGCUGCCUUCCGUGCACCUGUUGGUGGUGUUCUGUUUGCUCUUGAAGAAGCAGCAUCAUGGUGGCGAAGUGCUCUUUUGUGGAGAACAUUCUUUACAACUGCUGUUGUUGCGGUGGUAUUGAGGGGACUGAUUGAGUUCUGUCGCAGUGGAAAAUGUGGUCUCUUUGGGAAAGGUGGAUUGAUCAUGUUUGAUCUCAGUUCAACUGUUGCAACCUACAGUACUCCAGAUCUAAUUGCAAUUAUAAUCCUUGGGAUAAUUGGUGGAAUCUUUGGAGGCCUCUUCAACUUUCUGUUGGACAAGAUCCUCCGAGUUUAUAGUAUUAUCAACGAGAGAGGUGCUCCAUUCAAGAUCCUUCUCACUAUAACAAUAUCAAUAAUCACAUCGAUGUGCUCCUAUGGUCUUCCUUGGCUUGCAGCAUGCACUCCAUGCCCUGUUGAUGCUGUGGAGCAGUGUCCUACUGUUGGUCGCUCGAGCAAUUAUAAGAACUUCCAAUGCCCACCAGGGCAUUACAAUGAUCUUGCGUCACUCUUCUUCAAUACAAAUGAUGAUGCCAUCCGCAAUCUCUUCAGCAACGGCACAUCAACUGAGUUCCAAAUGUCAUCUCUUUUCAUCUUCUUCACUGCUAUUUACUGCCUUGGACUAGUGACUUACGGUGUUGCUGUCCCAUCUGGUCUCUUUAUCCCUGUUAUUCUUGCUGGAGCCACGUAUGGGCGCAUAGUGGGAACUCUUCUUGGAUCCAUAUCUGAUCUUGAUCCUGGCCUUUUUGCCCUUCUUGGCGCAGCAUCUUUUCUUGGUGGAACAAUGAGAAUGACUGUGUCAGUCUGUGUGAUCCUUCUAGAGCUCACCAAUGAUCUCCCCAUGCUCCCUCUACUCAUGUUUGUUAUUCUCAUAUCCAAAACCAUAGCAGAUAACUUUAACAAGGGAGUUUAUGAUCAGAUAGUGGUGAUGAAAGGCUUGCCAUUCAUGGAGGCUCAUGCUGAACCAUACAUGAGGCACUUGGUUGCUGGUGAUGUGGUGUUUGGCCCACUAAUCACCUUUUCUGGUGUUGAGAAAGUGGGGAACAUUGUUCAUGCAUUGAGGUUAACUGGCCACAAUGGUUUUCCUGUGGUUGAUGAGCCACCCAUAACGGAAGCCCCGGAACUGGUUGGGCUUGUGACUAGGUCUCAUCUAUUAGUUUUGCUGAACAGCAAGAAUUUCAUGAAGGGACGGUUCAAAACUAGUGUUAGCUUUGUUCUGCGAAGAUUUGGUGCAUUUGACUUUGCCAAACCAGGUUCAGGUAAAGGUUUGAAAAUUGAGGAUCUGGAUUUCACUGAUGAGGAGAUGGACAUGUAUGUGGAUCUCCACCCGAUCACAAAUACAUCACCUUACACAGUGGUUGAGACAAUGUCACUGGCAAAAGCGGCAAUCCUUUUCCGGGAACUCGGGUUGAGGCACCUUUUGGUUGUGCCAAAGACACCAGACAGGCCUCCCAUAGUCGGGAUUCUCACGAGGCAUGAUUUCAUGCCUGAGCACAUUCACAGUCUGUUCCCGAACCUCAAUCCUCACAAGUACCAUUCAGCAUCAAUGGCAGGUUGA